AUGGGCGACGUCGAUCCGAAGAUCGAUCGGCGCCUGCGCCGUGUGCGCCACAUUGUGCUCGUGCUGUCUGGCAAGGGCGGCGUGGGCAAGUCGUCUGUGGCUGCGCAGCUGGCCUUGUCGCUAUCGUAUGCGGCCGUGUCCGCCGAGGGCGGUGAGCGGCGCCUGCGCGUGGGCCUGCUGGACGCAGACCUGACGGGCCCCUCGAUCCCGCGCAUGCUCGGUCUGGACGGCGCGGCGGUGCACCAGAGCACGGACGGGUGGGUGCCCGUGUACACGGAUGCGUCGCAGUGCCUCGCGGUGAUGAGCGUGGGCUUUUUGCUGCGCUCGAAGAACGACUCGGUCGUGUGGCGUGGGCCGAAGAAGCAGGGCAUGCUGCGCCAGUUCCUGGGCGAUGUGCGCUGGGGCGACCUGGACUACCUGAUCAUUGAUACGCCGCCGGGCACGACCGACGAGCACAUCUCGCUCAUGGAGGCCCUCCAUGCGUACGGCCCGGUGGCGGUCCUCGUCACGACGCCGCAGGCUGUGGCGCUCGCGGACAAUGUGCGCUCGCUCGACUUUGCGCACAAGGUCGGCCUCCCAGUCGUGGGCCUCAUUGAGAACCUGAGUGGGUACGUGUGCCCCCACUGCGCCGAGUGCACGAACGUGUGGGGCCGGGGCGGCGGCGAGUCGCUCGCGGCGCAGCGGGGCCUGCCGUUCCUGGGGCGCGUGCCGAUUGACCCUGCGCUCGUGCGCCUCCUCGACGACGCGCGCGAAGAGGCCGAGCAGCAGGACUCGCCGGACGCGCUCACGUACGCGACGAUCCGGCGGUACCGCACGAGCGCGACGUUCGUGUACUUCCAGCCGAUUGCCGAGGCGGUGCGCCAAUAUACCCGAGCAUAG